AUGUUGUCUUUUGAUCCACCAGCAGUGUACCAGACUUCCAAAUGCUAUGUCACUUACGGCGUAAUGGGUCAUCUGGACCCAAAACAGCCCCCUUCAAAGGCGAAGCCGUGGUCGGCACUUACAAGCCAAGAUUUUGUCCACAGAGCCGAUCUAAUCCUUCCCCAAGAAGUCUCGGAUAUUGUAGAAGAGAAGCUGCUUAGAAAUAAGCCAGCCCCGGGGUUCAAGAGGGUUGUCAUGUCGCUUCAUGAUAUCCUCUCCGGGGAGUUUUUUACGGAGUACAUCAAGAAGGGCAAUGUCCUGAUGCUUUCGGAGGGCAGGAGAGGCAUCGACAACGUCUUUGCACUCAGCAGCGGCACCCUGACCAUGUUUCUAGACAAGGAAGCAUAUGAGCGGGCAGGGCUAGUAGGCAAGCCCCACGGAGUCAACGGGAAGCGCAGCACGAAGCCUCGCUGGGUUGUCGAGUACGACCUCACCAGUCAGUCGAUGUCUCCGGGAAAGAAGGGGUUCGAUCGAUUACUGUAUGCGAGCAAGAAUGCUCUCGCCGGACCGAUUACUUGGCUAUUCUCCAGCGCUUCCCCCGCAAGUCCUGAUCCAGACCCCCUUUCCCGGCACUUCCCAACGAACCACACCUCCACCCCCGGUAUCGUCGAAGGUAUCAAUGUCGUAAUACCAAACCUCGCCCCAGACAUCAACUCUCUUUCAGACACGGGAGAGGAUUUUAAGGACUUCUCAACCGAACUGUAUGAAUGGCUGUCUCUCGUUCGGCUUCAGAGUCCUCGCAUUCAUGCUGGGGACCAAAUGGACCCCUACCUCUCCCGGUACCAGGUUGCCGAAGGUGGCAAGGAGGGCAAGAUCUGCAGAAUCAGCUGGCAAGGCUUUCUUGCCCCGUCAUGGGCCCGACAGACUCUGAUCGAUAUCAUCACGGCUCUCCCGCCCAGGACAUGGUUCUCGUUCAGCACGACAACCUUCUCCAGAGGGUUGGCAGAGACCAACGCCGAGUGCACGAUCCUCCGUCCACCGAAUUCGACCGGGGAAUACCUCAUGUGGGAGGUCAAAGGACAAGAGUGA